AACAACGUAACGUACUGCAACCUAUGUGGGAGCGAGACGGGGACUCACUGUGCUUAUUAAAUAGUCAGUCUUUUUCUCUCUCCUAUACAAAUUGCGGGCGUAUCAUCAUGGCACGAUUAAACCUAUAGUUUUGUGACGUAUUAUUAAGCAGACAAAUUUGUAAUUGAAAUGAAUAAAUGCCCUCUAUAUUUCCAGCAACAGCCAUUCAACCGAAUCCGUUUGUCUCUUUCCAUUGUGCUCUCUUCUCUCUGCUUUCCUCUCCAAUCGCUAUAUUACACGUUUUAUGUUUUAUCAUUUCACACACACAACCACACCAACCAUCCACGAAUAAUCACACGCACACAAAGUUUUGGAUGUAUGAGCGCAAAGCUAACGGGUGGGAGGGUGAGGGCGCGCCAAGAACCGUUACGACAGCGCGUGCUUGUUGUUGGUCUUUUGCUGUUGCCAAGAGUGAAUGAUAUAUUAUUGUUGUAUGGCAGCAAAUGAAACUGUACAAUGAGCGACAAUGGGCAAGGAAGAGGCGGAGAAGCAUAGAGAAAGACAUAGAGGGGGAGAUACGAACUACACAAAAGCGAAACUUACGUAAACACGCAUGUCUACGCAUGAGUGUGUGUGUGUGUGCUUGUAUGUUGUUUCUAGUUAUUCGAAAAGGAGAAGUAGAAAAUCAAGUUUCUAUUGAUGGAAUGAUUCAUAUUUCGUAGCAUGAGUCGCUCAGACUAAUAAACAAUCUCCAUUUAUCAUGCGACUUUUGCUGGCACUUAUUUUUCCCAAUAAUUAGGCCAUAUGACUAAGAAAUGCAAUUGCUGGUGAUGCAAUUUUCGCCGUCGCUGAAAUUACUUUGCAAAAAAUUUUAUAAAUUGUAUUUUCAGGUGGUCAUUACACGAAUCAUUCGCUUGGAAAAAUAGAUGUACAUAUAUAUACGAAUUGGCAUGUUAACAACUCGAUUAGAGAUAUUAUAUUCGCCCAGAAUACACAAUGUUCGAGUUAAUUGCGUUUGGACCUUGGAAAUUCACACAAUUACUAUUACUAUUCGCAAUGUAUAAUUUAUUUUUUGCAUUCGAAACUUUGACUUUGCAGUCCGGAGUCGAGCCGCUCUAUCUCUCUCUAACGCCUGCAGCAGCUGACCUUGAGAACGAGACAAAGCAAAGCCGACUGGCAAACAAAGCGGUCAGAAAGAGACAGGCAAACAGACAUACCUAUAACUACAGUGCGACUACUAUAACCCGAUACUCGAUAGUUGUACUAAACCACUAGUUACUAAUAGCGAGCAUUAGAACUUUAGAACGAUUAGCUCUAUCCAAUUGUCAAUUUACAAUAAUGAUAACUAAAGGUCCGUAAUAGUAAGUAUACUUGGUAGUUAGAUAAAGUAGCAAACACAAUUAGGGAAGUUUUAGUUUAAGUAGAGUUAUUCGUACAUAGUUAUCAAAAAUGAAUUGAAAAGGGUUUCCUUUUUUGAGAAAUAAGACAUCGCACUAGAACGGAAGCACAACAUAAAGUAGCAACUCUCAAGUGAUAUAAGCAUUUUAGUAAAUUCUGGUUUUGGAAGUCGUACUGUAGUAUAUGCCCAUACUUGUUACUCAUUAGCAACGACACCCCCAACCCCCGAACCGAACCCCUUCUUCAAGCAGCCAUCCGGGUAGAUUCCACAUCAGCUGCUAAGCUGAAAUGACGCCAUCUUGCAUUUGACGAUCUUCAAAGCUAGUUUUACAAUAAACCAAUAGAACUGAACUAGCUUAUGCCCGUCCCACUGUUGAUCUUUGCUCGGUGUGUAAUUAUAACCCAAUCCAGUCCUUCUGCUGCCCCUUGCAACUUUUCGGUGCGGCUUCCACUCACAUCGGCGACUCACAUCUUGGCAUUUAAUAAGAAGUUGGCCUUGAAGGCAGCCAGUUUCAAAUUUCUGAGUUCUGAGCUCUGUGCUUUUGAACCGCACUUCACUUCGGCCAGAGAACACAACACUUUUGCCGAGUGUGUGUGAUUAAUGGGGAUUCUUGCGGUUGAAGCAGCCUGCCUUUGCUUUAAAUUAGACUUUGGCUCCAGUGAAGCUUUGAGCUUUAGGCUUGCUUCGGAUGCAGAAAGGUGCCAAGUGAAGUUUCCCAAGAAAAUUCAGCCUGAAAUCGUUAUUUGCAGUUAACGUUCUUAUAUCUAAAAACUUAUCAGAGAAACAGCGAUGGUGGAGAAGCCCAUAUAAUGCAAUCACCGUGUUUUAAAUUAUAUCCUUUCAGAUAGAAAAGUUGAUGUUUUAACAACUACCAUCUGGAUGCUUAGUAUUUGAAUGAUACAAUGUUUUUGUUUAUAAGUCGCCAAAAGAAAACCUAGAAUAAUUAGAUAAAACUCUACAUUUAACACCCUGAUAUUACAGUUUUCAAAGCAGCCAAAGUAUGGUUUGUGCAAGAUUGGUCAUUUGUCUGGCCCUUCCAUUGAUUACAUUCUUCCAUUAAACGGGCCCUAAUUAAUGUCGAAUUGGUUCCACCACCACUCUUCACCCCCUGCCCCAUUUGCAGCCUUGUAAUGCCGAGCAUGUUGAUGUCAGCACAUUUGUCGCCCCGAAUUAGCGGAAAUGGACACUCAUGUUUCGGGCUGUAAUGUGGCCAAACUGGAGUCCACCGCUCCACCAUUGAUCCACCAACGAUCCGCGCUAAUUGUCAUUAAUGAGAGGCGUUCGUUUGCCUGGGAAAAAGGGAGAGUGGGGGAGGAGUGCCUGUCGGUCAGCUGACAACUACAUUCGGUCGGUAAUUAUCCGCUGCACUUUUGGCGCGGGGAGGACGCAGCGCCUUGAGAUCUUACUUCUGGCUAAGUUAGCCCCAAGCCGCAGACCUCAACCCACCCAGAACCAGAUACUACCACCCCCUCAUCCAGUCAACCACUCAGCCACUCAACCACAUGACAUGCGAAGCGGUUCCAAUUUAUCGUACUGAGAACGCUCGGCAGUCAUUGGAAAAGCGAUUCAACAAAAUUUAAAACAAUUUAGCUUAUGUCACGUCUGCUCACAGCCGAGAGGGGGGAAACUCGGGGGCAGAACGAAGAGUUUCAAGCGCUUAGAACAAAGCGCCACAAAUUGUAUUGUGUCACGCUCGAUCUGCGGCCAUGCGAACGGAGAUAUGAGCCCCACAUAUUCAUGUGUACAUUUGCUAGGCUGUAAUAGUACAUAUGUACAUAUAUCUAUCCGUAUGUGUGAGCACUCAUAGUGCGAUAUACAUAGAUAUGACUCGGCCACAUAGUCAUGUACAUGCUAUUUAUACGUUUAUUCAUUUAGUUGGCCUGUUUUAAUUAUAAUUAACGCCGCUCUGCAAAUUAACCAGCGGAAAACGAAGCAUCUGAUCUGACGUACUGUCGACUACCCCAAGGGAAACUAGCUGGCUCGGAUUAGUGCAGAACAUCUGAAAGUAUCGGGAGGUAAUGCUUCCAUUCAGAUAAAAAUCAUUUGGGUUAACUGCUUCUGGCGUGUCCAUGUGAUCACGCACACCCAACUGGAAUGCCAUGUCAAAACAUUAUAAAACCAAAGCGAAAGCUUCGCUUUGUCUAUCUAGAUUAUAGGGCAGUGGUUUCGUUCUCAGAAAUCCAGUUCCACCGUCUCCUGAAUAGUAACUAUGAGUUCAUCCGAACCUUUGUAUUAUUUAAUUUAGUUGACAAUCCAACCCUUUGAAAAAGCCAUAUUUAAGUUAUGUAAUAUAUGAUUUUUUGUUAGGAGGCACAGCCCCUCCAAGAGAUCACAGCUAUUGAAAAUCAUAUCUAGAUUACCUUUCAACUUAUUGAAGGCUGUUAUUUCGGCUGUUAUUGCUGUCCCAACCGAUUGUCAACCGUGAAUGAGUUUAUGCCCCUCGGAUGACGUGCUGAAAGCCUCUGAACAGGUUGUCAAUCAGGUUGUCGCACAUAAAACCCGAGCGGCGCCUUAAUAAUUGAUCCCGCCUGCAGCUGGAUGCGAUGAUGAUGGCAGUUGAGUGGGUCGGAUGAGAUGGGGUGCUACACAGGGAGAAAGCUCAGAUUAUGAUUAGGUGACUUUAACUGGAGUAUGUCUUCUGGGUACAACGGAGAGAGGGGAAGGAAGUGAUUUGUCUGCUUUGCAUCACUCACUUAUCAAAAAUAUAUAUUUUACUACAUCAUCUUUAUUCUCGGUGCCUAUGACAGGAUGUGAUGAGGGGUUGGGGGCUGGAAUAUGGUGUCCAAUGUAUGGUGGUGCUGACAGGCACCGAAUCCAGUGAGUAAGGCGAUUCCAGCGACGCCAACUCCAACUGGGCCAUGACGUGAGGCGACGCAUCAGAGCGGAGCCCAAAGGAAGCGUGUGAAAUCCCAUUUGGCUAAUGGCCAACGGCGUCAGCAGGAAAAUCAACCUGUUUCGAAGUGCCCACCCGCCUUUGCCGCCCCUUUGAAACUAGGAAAACUCGCUUCCAAAUUCCACAGCGACACAAGGCGAAUGUGGGCCAACCAGCGUGUCUUCUGUGUUGGUGGGAAAACGGGUUUUUCAUUCGGGUUCUGCAACUGUUUUUUGGCGACUCGCUGACACGCUGGCCUCCUUUUUCCUCGCUUCCAGCACUGGCACUCCCAGCUUUUCCACUUGCUGUGCUGUGCUUGUGCUUGUGCUGAUUUUCCUCAUUUUCCUGUAGCAGGAUCUGGCUUAGGGGCAAAAUGUGGGGAAAACGUAAUGAGAUGGGGCCCUUCCAGGCAAGAUUUCCAAGGAGAUGGCCGGGUGGCUCAGCACGGUGUCGGGGUCACCUUUGUUGCCGUUUUUUCGGGGGUGGUUAACCAUAAAACGAGGCGCCGAAAUUCUGCGGCUUGGGCUCUCGGUGGGUGGUGCUAUGAUAUCAGCCUUGGGGUGGAUGUUUUUCCGCUCGGAGAACGAAGCUCUGAGACCAAACCCACCCUCAUUCCACAUAAUCAUAAUCAAGAGUGCCCUACUGGAAGUGGAAAUCAAUACCGUAGCAGAACGCAGCAUUGCUCAUACGCAACGUGAGCCUCGCACAGAACUUGGGACUGAAUCAAUAGUGAUUCACCUCAUAGGGCCAACUUAGCGUUGCCAGCAAACGUUGCAUGCAUCAACAUAAAUCUGUGUGCGGCGAAUCCCAUGCAAAUCCGGGAAGGGAAUCGCCUGACCCACAUCUCCUGCUGAUUUGAAAUUCGGAUUCGUCGCGGGUUCAUCGGCACUCCCGCAAACUUCCCACAACAAGCCAAAAGACGGCAAAAAGGCCAAACACAAAUUUAUGCUCGAAACCCACAACAAAAGGAGCUCAUAUUUAUGGAUGCUGCUUUGGCUGGGCGCAGGCCAAGAAGUGCUUUAAAAUGCCUGACGAAUACCUUCUCCCUUAAUCGAGCUUAUGUAAUAUUCGCUCUUCUUAAGAACAAGUACGAGUAUAUGCCGCUAUGGUCUACAUUUUGAAUAUUUUAAAAAAUUCCCAAACAUAUGUAUAUACAACAUAUAAAACCGUGUUAUAUAUGGUUGUUGGAUCAUUAUAGUCAUAGUCCCACUAGUUUGGAGUAGUUUCAACCUUAAGCUAACUUAAUAUAAAUGGGGUACAAUAACUAAAGAAAACAAGAGCUUUACUAAUAUACUUCUUAAUAAUGAGCACAAAGUGCUCUAAUUUGGAUACACCAGCUUUUGUUUUAAUAUAUAGGUACUGCAAGGGUAUAUAAAGUUCGGAUUGUCGAAACAAGCUUUCUUUCUUUUUAUGUAUCAAAUGUAUCUCAAGAAUACCCACGACCUUAGCUCUGACUUUCGAGCCUGACAGCUGUCUUUAAAAGACCAAGUUCUGAGUUAGCAAUCAAACAUAUCAAAUGAUUUCAUCGGAUUAAGGGAACAUUUUUAUUUUUAAAUAAAAGGGCUGGCUCAUUACCAUAAUAACAUGUCUUGACCGUCAGGGAUCGUCGCCCACUCAAAUAGGUCCUGCCAGUAAUCCCGUCAUUAAACACGGCCAGGUGUCGUUUGUUCUGGCUGCAAAACAAUAAUUAAACCAUUAGAAGGUGUUCUUGGGAGCACUAUAUAAGCAAAGGGUUCUGUAAGCGGGUAAAAUCAUGUAUCCGCGAUUUCUAGGCCGUAACUAUCCACUGGCAAAGCAUUUGUUCUUUGUUACAAGAUACUCUUUUGGCCUGCUGGGCCUAAGAUUUGGCAAGGAGCAAUCGUGGCUUCAGCUCUCAUGGUUGGUGUUCAAUUUCGUGAACCUGGCGCACUGCUGCCAGGCGGAGUUCGUCUUUGGCUGGAUUCACUUGCGCACCAGUCCCGUGGACGCCAUGGAUGCCUUCUGUCCGCUGGCCUGCAGUUUCACCACGCUCUUCAAGCUCGGAUGGAUGUGGUGGCGUCGCCAGGAAGUAGCUGAUCUGAUGGACCGCAUCCGCUUGCUCAUCGGGGAGCAGGAAAAGAAGGAGGAUUCCCGGAGAAAAGGGGCUCAACGGAGUUACUAUCUUAUGGUCACCAGGUGUGGGAUGCUGGUCUUCACCCUGGGCAGCAUUACCACUGGAGCCUUCGUCCUGCGAUCGCUUUGGGAAAUGUGGGUGCGGCGGCAUCAGGAGUUCAAAUUCGAUAUGCCCUUUCGCAUGCUGUUCCACAACUUUGCGCAUCGCAUGCCCUGGUUUCCAGUUUUCUACCUCUACUCCACUUGGAGUGGUCAGGUCACUGUAUACGCCUUUGUCGGAACAGAUGGUUUUUUCUUUGGCUUUACCCUCUACAUGGCCUUCUUGCUUCGGGCCUUAAGAUACGAUAUUCAGGAUGCCCUCCAGCCUAUAAGCGAUCCCUCGGUGAGGGAAUCCAAUGUCUGCUGUCGGCGAUUGGAGGACAUCGUGGAUCGCCAUAAUGAAAUGGAGAAGAUUGUCGAGGAAUUUUCCGGAAUCAUGGCUGCUCCCACUUUCGUCCACUUUGUAUCAGCCAGCCUAGUGAUAGCCACCAGCGUCAUAGAUAUACUAUUGUAUUCCGGCUAUAACAUCAUCCGCUACGUGGUGUACACCUUCACGGUUUCCUCGGCGAUAUUUCUCUAUUGCUAUGGAGGCUCAGAAAUGUCAACUGAGAGCCUUUCCUUGGGAGAAGCUGCCUACAGUAGUGCCUGGUAUACUUGGGAUCGGGAAACCCGCAGGAGGGUCUACCUCAUUAUCCUGCGAGCUCAACGACCCAUGACAGUAAGGGUGCCUUUCUUUGCACCUUCGUUACCAGUCUUCACAUCGGUCAUCAAGUUUACAGGUUCCAUUGUGGCUUUGGCUAAGACUAUAUUGUGAAAAGAAUGAUGAAUUAAAAAACCAACUUGCACUUCA